AUGUCCUCAAACUCCUCGAGCCCUUCCUUCCGGGCAACACCUACUAUGGAUGCAACCACUCCGAAGGCCCUAAACGCAACCUCUUCCAGAUCUUCCUCCUUCCGGCACGCGAAACCAAGCAACGUUCAAACCAACUUUCUCCCCCCAAUUACCUCCACACCCUCGAUUCCAGCUUCUGCCAUAAGCGCUUCCUCAGUCACCACCUCAAGCUCCCUUCAAGCCUCUCCAGUCAUGUCCCCCGAAAGCACACAGCUCACCACCAACAACUCCUCCAUUCAGGGGUCUCCCGAUGGAAUUCGUGGCCGCGAGUCCGAAUCUACCCUCCCGCCCUUUGAAUUGCCAGAGUCAAUUGUGUCACGCAAGUCAAGUCAGAGUGCAAUGAGUGAAGCCCUCAAUCAAGGCAAAAACCCGGGUCUCAUCAGAAGGCUGUCAAAUAGAGCUACUAACAAAUUCACCAAUCGCCGACGCCAGUCCAACACAGCAAUGAGCCGAGAGCAUAGCUCAGGACCUACCAUCAUUAGAAGAAGAAGUGAUAGCACCAAUACCGCCCCAGAAGGCCGCGGGCCAUUCUUCUCUGACUCCGACUCCGAUGCGAUUGACUGCCGUGAGGAGGCUGUCAGCCCACCUGCUACCGACGCCGACUUUCCCACGAGUACUACUGCCUCAGUUGGCUCCACGACAGUGGUCCCUAGCCCUGGUCCUGGCCCAGUGAUCCCGAGCGUACUUCUCCGGGGAACCUCUAUGACCAAAAUCACAAAGAAAAAGAAGAAAUUAUUGACCUUCGUCCUAGAAAAUGAGGCUGCUAAAGUGUCUUGGGACAAAAGUCGGCCUUCAAAGUCAUUCUACAUUGAUGAUAUCAAGGACAUUCGAGUAGGAUCUGACGCCCGAAACUACCGAGAAGAGUUUGGAGUUUCGGCCCAGGACGAGUCCAAAUUCUUUUCCAUCAUCUAUGCCGUUCCAGCUAGAUCCAAGGGUCGCUCACAAAAAGUCAUGCAUCUCAUUGCAGCCGAUGAGCAAACGUUUGACUUGUGGACAACGACUCUCGACGCAAUUUCGAAACACCGUCAAGAUCUGAUGGCAUCAUUGUCCUCCUUUCACGACAAGGCAGUAAGAUCUUAUUGGCGGACUGAGAUGAACAAGGUUUUUCAGAACAAACCCCACGCGGAAGAUGAUGAAUUGAUUGACAUUGUCGGAGUGGAGCGACUUUGCCUAUCUCUUCAUAUUCAUGGAUCUUCAACUUACCUUCGCAGUAGAUUCGACCAAGCCGAUAUCUCGAGAUCUGGCAAAUUGAACUACGUUGAGUUCCAAGGCUUCGUCAAGCUAAUGAAGAGACGCGAAGACAUCAAGGUUCUCUACUAUAAGCUAGCGGUCGAUUCUGACAAAGGUCUCACAAUGCACGAAUUCUUCAACUUUCUGAGAAUAACUCAGCAAGAGGACGUGGGCAGUGAUCGCGUACACUGGGAAAACAUCUUCAACAAAUUCUGUCGUCGUUCAAGACCUAAAGAUCAACCACAACCUAGCACUCUCGAACGUGAGGCUCCACGUAUGAAUGAGGCCGCGUUGAGCAGCUACCUUAUUUCCACUUUCAAUGUGCCAUUGGAGAACCCACCGUCAAGUUAUGAUCUCAACAGACCGCUGAAUGAAUAUUUCAUUUCCAGCUCUCACAACACCUACCUCUUAGGCCGUCAAGUCGCCGGGCAGUCCAGCGUCGAGGCGUACAUCUCAGCGCUAAACAGAGGCUGCAGAUGUGUGGAAGUGGAUUGUUGGAAUGGCGGCGACGGUCAGCCUGUUGUCAUGCACGGCCGAACACUAACUACUCAAGUCUCCUUUCGCGAUGUGAUGUCCACUAUCAGCAAGUAUGCUUUUGUCAAAUCUGCGUUUCCACUUUGGAUCUCAUUGGAGGUGCACUGCAACCCGCAACAGCAAUCACUAAUGGCGAAAAUCAUCAAGGAAACCUGUGGGGCAAAGCUGGUCACCGAAUCGUUGGACCCGCAAUCAGAAGAACUUCCUUCGCCAUCGCAGUUGCUGAACCGGAUUCUCAUAAAAGUCAAAAAGCCACGUGUGGCCGAGGAACCUGCUUUACUGGAACAGAAUGUCACUAGGAGCCGCGGCAGCAGUUUAAGCUCCCCAUACAUUAGGCCCCAGCAACUUGAUAAUUCGUCUAUUUCCUCCGGUCUACUGCCUUCCAGCCCUUACCCAAGUCCAUACCCACCCAAGUCUAUGCAGCGUUUGUACCGAAGCAGCCAAGUCAAAUACUCUGGGAGUGAGGGCCAGGAUAGCCUGGGCAGCAGCACCAGUGACAGCGAAAGUUUGGCCGAGGACAUUGCCCGAGCGAAAGAAAGCAACCGAAAGAACAAAACAAGCAAUAUUGUAAAGGAGCUUGGUGUCCUCGGUGUGUACAGCGCUGGCCUGAAAUUUCGCGGGUUCGAUUCUCCGGAGAGCAAGGAAUUCAACCACAUCUUUUCUUUUAUGGAGAGUACAUUUGACAAGAACAGUCGGACCGCGGAAGAGAAACGAGCCAUCACUCGGCAUAACAUGCGAUACAUGAUGCGGGUUUACCCUAAUGGCUGGCGAGUCGCCUCCACCAAUUUUGACCCUCUCAAAUAUUGGCGACGCGGGGUUCAUAUGGUCGCCCUCAAUUGGCAAACCUACGAUCUCGGCAUGCAGAUGAACGACGCCAUGUUUGCCGGCGGCACUGAUCAAUCCGGUUACGUUCUCAAACCCAGCGACCUCCGCGAGAUUAAAAUGAUCCCCACCGUUCCAGAAGAAGCAGGUGCUGGUCACAUCAAACGAGAACGCAAGAACGUAAAUUUUUCCAUUGCUGUCAUUUCUGCCCAACAAUUGAUGCGCCCCAAGGGACUUGCGCCUAACCGCAGUGUUGAUCCAUAUGUCGAGGUCGAAGUCUAUCACGCAGACGACAAGACCAAAGACAACAAGGGUGUUGUUGGAGCAGGUGGCUUGGAUGCAUCCGCUGGAAAGAAAGAUGGCGCCUCUGGAUUGGGUACUCCUCAUCGACGUCGCACGCAGAUUGUAAAAGAAAACGGAUUCAACCCUGUGUUUGACGAUGAGUUCAGAUUUGAGCUUACAACGAAAUAUGAAGACCUCGUGUUCGUCCGCUUUACUGUCAGAUGCUCCUCCGAUGGCCAAAACUACAAUGACAAGGCUGUGCCAUUGGCCACCUACACUGCAAAGCUCAGCAGUCUCAAACAGGGAUAUCGAACCCUUCCCUUGUUGGAUGGCAAUGGAGACCAAUUCUUAUUUUCUACACUCUUCUGUCGUAUCAAGAUUGAGCCCAUCACCAGUAUCUACGUUGACCACUCUGACAUCGCCGGAAGAGAGGGCGUUUUCAAAUCUAUCCGCCAAACCGUCUUUAACCGCACUCCCAUGUCGCCCAGACCGACACCGGUCGACGGCGGUCCUCUGUGA